AUGCCAGCAAAUGCUACGGAGAUCCUACCGCCGCUUCUCCCCAUCUCGCCUGAGGAUCAUGGAGGGUGGGUGAUCACCGUGAGUGCCAUUUUAUUGAUUGUCGCGGCUUUGGCGACCACUGUGACGCUUAUCUCGCGGGUGAGAAUCCUUCACUCACUCACUUGGAGUGAUAUAUUCCUCAUUGCGGCAAUGAUAGUUUUCAUUCCUCAAACCACCUGUGCGAAUAUUGCUAGUUCGAACGGUAUCGGUAAGCACAGAAAGACUUUGAGCGAUGCGAUGUUUGAAUCUUAUAGCAAUUUUCUCUACGCAAGUCAGAUCCUCUCUGUCGUCGUGUUAGCUUGCUCCAAAGCCUCCGUUGCACUCCUCCUGAUCUCCAUAAAGCCGUUUAGUGUAGUCCUUCUCGCGUGUAAGAUGCUUCUAGGGUUGAUUGGAGCCUGGACCAUUGCCUUUACAAUCGCUCUAGCAGUUGAAUGUGCGCAACCCCAGGUGUGGGACCUCAAUCUCGGCAGACACAUGAACCAAGAAGCACUUUACACGGGUCUGGCUAUGUCGCAGUGGAAGUGCUUCCAAAUCUGCGCUCUCUUUGGACUACGCGUCCUGGUGCCCGUCCUGACUAUACCAUAUAUCAUGUCGCUUCGCCCUGUUUUCCACUCAACGCCCCUGGACCAAUCGUGGCAUAUCCUCAUGCCGACAAUAUGGCUACAAUUGAUACAAAGUGCCUCUAUCCUUUGCACAUGUAUCCCGAGCCUCAAGCGGGCGCUCGCCGAACUACAAACCGGGAUGAUGGCUGGUACUGUUUCGGAAUUUUUCGAACUUUCAGUCUCUGGGGCACAUAGCACGAUAGAGGGUUCUACGUCAAAAUCAGGAAGACAGAGCGCGAAUGCGACCGGGCAUUCCGGACUAAACUCAGGGAACUUGAAAGGCCUACGUCAUGGGAAUCACAACAGGAUGAUAGAACCGAGUGAGAGCAUGCAAGAUCUUAGAGAGAGCGCUACAGUACAGACCAGUGAGUAUGAUAUGCGGUGGGAGCUAGAAAAGAAUCCAGAAACUACUGGACCAGGGAAUCUCGCCCCUUUGAUCCCUCCCACCGAUCCGAAUCUGGUGACUUGGGACGGCCCAGAUGACCCUCAAAACCCUAAAAACUGGCCUGCGAGAAGGAAAUGGAUGGUAUUUGUCCCAAUGUCACUCUAUAAUCUGUUGAGCUCCAUGUCCUCUGCUACGGUUGCCCCGGCAUUGAGCGCCAUUCACGAAGACCUCGGCUUUCCCUCUACCACGCUGCUUAUCCUGAGUCUAUCGGUCUUCUUUCUCGGCAGUGCGAUCGUACCACUCUUCACGGCACCAAUCUCGGAGAUGAUCGGAAGAGUAUCAGUUUUACUCACAAUGAACGUAAUUUAUAUCGUGUUUAAUACGGCGUGUGGUGCUGCCAAAUCGCCAACCCAGUUGAUUAUCUUUCGCUUUCUAUCUGGCUUGGGCGCCGCUGGCCCUUACGGUAUCGGAAGCGGAAUGAACAGCGACCUCUUCGACGCCCACGAACGAGGCAAAGCCAUUGCAGUAUUCACCCUGGCACCUCUCGUCGGAACAGCCAUCGGCCCCAUCACAGGCGGCUUCGUCGUCUAA